AUGCAAAUCAACAUCGCUUACGUCGUCGCUGGUCUCCUUGUCUUUGUCUCAUCAAACCUUGGUGAAGCCGAUGCUCGCAUGAUGACCACGAGCUACAAAGGUGCCGAAGCUCAUCGUGAACAUAAACGUCAGGCCGCUGGAUAUGUUCCACACACCGCUACUGCUUAUGGCGGCCCCAACAAUUCCGCAACUGCUCAACCAGUCAUGGGAAGUGGAAGCGUCCAUAACGUGGCAGCGAUGCCUACACCACCUAUCAACACACCUGUUGAGGGCUCAUCUCACCCGGAAUCAGGCUCAAUUGUUUCGCCGAUUUCUAAAGCGCCCGUCUCUGCUACCAACCCACUGCCUCCUUACUCUUCGCGUCCUAACGCUUCAGCUGGAAGUGCCCCCGAAGCGUCCAGCCCACAAAUGCUUUCGCCUACCUCUCAACGCCCUGUUGGGGGCCCAUCUCCUGCGGAUUCAGGUUCAAUUGUUUCGCCAAUUUCCAAAGUUCCCGUCUCUGCCACCAUCCCACUUCCUCCUUACUCAUCGCGUCCUAACGACUCGGCUGGAAGUGCUCCUGAAGCGUCCAGUUCACAAACCCAUUCGCCCACCUCUCAACGCCCUGUUGGGGGCUCAUCUCCAGCGGAUUCAGGUUCAAUUGUUUCGCCAAUUUCGAAAGUCCCCGUCUCUGCCACCAUCCCACCGCCUCCUUACUCAUCGCUUCCUAACGGUUCAGUUGAAAGCGGUCCCACAGCAUCCAGCCCGCAAAUCCUUUCGCCUACCUCUCAACACCCUGUUGGCGUAGACUCACCAUCAUCAUCAGGAUCUGAAGGCCCAGUCCCAGCACCUAUCAAUGGCGAAGAAACUAGUACUUCAUCUGGACCCCCUCAUCACGGAAAGGCGCCUACCACUCCAAUUACUCGGGCUUCUCCCGUUCAAUCAUCAGGCGGAUCUCCUUUUCCUUUGUCUGCCUCUACGCCUAUUCCCAACGGUGACGUCGACACAUCUCCCAUCCCCAUCCCAUCAGGCGGUCCCCGAGGGACACCGACUCCAUUCGGAAGUAACGCUCCUCUUCCAACCGCUGCCCGACCGCUUAUUGCACCGGGAGUUGGAUUUGGAGGACCUGGACCCGUGCUCGGUGGACCGGCCUUUGGAGGCCCCGUCCCUGUACUUGGUGGACCGGCCUUUGGAGGCCCCGUCCCUGUACUUGGUGGACCGUCCUUUGGAGGUCCCAUUCCUGUGGCCCAUCAGAAGGAUUAUUCGGUGGCCCACAUUUCGGUGUUGGAGCACAAGUUGGUCAAGGAGUCGGUCUUGGUCCAGCAGGUGUUGGAGCUGGUGCAGGCUUUGGUGUUGGAGCUGACUUUGGUGUCGGUCAAGGCCUAG